CCGCGCUCCCGGCUGCUGCCGCCGGCCCCUCGCCGCUCAGCGCCCGCGUCCCCCCGCCCGGCGGCCGCGAUGUCCGACAAGGAGUUCAUGUGGGCCCUCAAAAACGGAGACUUGGAUGAGGUGAAGGACUACGUGGCCAAGGGUGAAGAUGUCAACCGGACACUCGAAGGUGGGAGGAAGCCUCUUCACUAUGCAGCAGACUGUGGGCAGCUUGAGAUUCUGGAAUUUUUGCUCUUGAAAGGAGCUGACAUUAAUGCUCCAGACAAACACAAUAUCACACCACUCCUAUCAGCAGUCUAUGAGGGCCACGUUUCCUGUGUGAAAUUGCUUCUGUCAAAGGGUGCUGAUAAGAGUGUGAAAGGCCCAGAUGGACUAACUGCCUUUGAAGCCACUGACAACCAGGCAAUCAAGACUCUCCUUCAGUGACGGAUGGACUGAUAUCUUAAAUGUCUCUCCUGUGGCCUCACACUGCUGCCUGUCUGUCACUCUUUGCAUCUUCCAGCUUCUUCAGCUAAAUACUUUGGGGGGAGGGAAAUUCUUUAUGAGUCAGACUAGUUAGGGGCUUCUAUCAAAGAUAAUCAGGUUGGAGAGGGUUGAAAAGUAUUAUGAACAGUGUCCCUCUAGGACUUCUUUCCAGUGCACAAUCUCUUCCCAUUUCUAGUGAAAAUGGAAGAAGGAAGACAGACCAUGCUGAAUAUUUGGCUUGUAAGCCUCCUAGAUUAGUACUAAGAUUUUUUAGAUGGAUGGAAGUACUUCCUUUAGAUGGAAAUACUGUGCUAUGUACCUGAAACUAAUUGUGAAGGGGACAAUAGUCCCAUGCUCUUAGUGUCUGCCAUAAUCUGAAGUGUAGUAAUUUAGGUGGCUGGGUUGCUCUUCUCUCUUCUCUCUCACUGGGUAGCUUUAUUCUUCUUCUGCCUAAAGCUUCUGUUGCAGUUUUGAGGACUUUUGAUACUAGUUAUUGGAGCUGUUCUUUAUAUUGACUAAUUGGAUGUCACACUAAUGUUUUCUGACUCUUGAGCAAACCAAGAAAGACCAGCUGAGGCAUGGUGGUGUUACACUCCAUAAUAUCUGCCAAGCUACUUUUGGAUGCUUGAAUUUGAAGUCUUUCUAUCCCAUAUUUGUUUCAGUCCAGGACAGACAUUUUAAGUAACUACUUUUGAGAGAGACAUCAAAAUUUCACUGUAGUUUUUUUUCCAAAAGGAAUGUAAGAUGAAAUUUCUUUACUCACCACAUCAGCAUAAAAUUCCUAGACACGUGUGAAAGCUCCAGGCUGUUUGGCACACAAGGAUAAUCAAGGCAAAUGUGGAAAAUGAACAGUAGUUAUUUAGCCGUUCAGAUCAGCUGAAUAUUGUUGCUAAACUUUUCUGGUAAACAUAGAACCUUUCUAAGUUCAGAUGUAGAAGCAGGAAGAUGUACAGGCAGAAGUCUUAACUUGCUCUAACUACUACAGAUUUUUUUUUAACUGUGCAUAUCUUCAAAUGAGUGUUUCAUUGUCAAAUGGACGAACCUCUUAAAUUCCAUUAAGGCAUGAGGCUUGUUCUGGAAGUUCCCAGUGUGACCAUACCACAUUAACCAUUGACUUUUAGAUAAGAUUUACUAUACUAGUAUGACAGUCUUGAACAUUGAUGGGAAGGUAUUUAAUGAUGUUGUAAGCACUCCUGUCACACCUUGUGGUCCUCAGGAAUAUCUGAGCUGCUGGCUUUCAUCCUGAAAACUUUCAUUAGACUCCUGGUUCACUUAAAACUGAGUAACAGGCUCUAUUCCACAAACUCUACAUCUUCCUCUCUUUUGAAAUACAGACUUCAAACUUUGGUAACAAACACAAUACAGAAAAACAAAUGUAUAUAAUAUAACUUCUCAAGGUGAAUUCUUAAGCAAAAGUAGCUGAUAUUAUUUUGGUAUCAC